ACAGGGGAUCUGCCUUUCAUUUUAUAAGUAGGGACAAGGAUACAGGAGUCUGAUCCCAUUCUUACUUACCAUGGAUCUGUUCCGGUCCUCUUUGGCACUGAUGCUGCUUUUCAUACAUCUGACAUCAGCAAUCUCAGGGGUUUCCACAUGUGGCAGAAAUGAGUUCCAGUGCGGAGAUGGCAAAUGCAUUCCCUACAAGUGGGUCUGUGAUGGCAGUGAGGAGUGCAGGGACGGAUCUGAUGAGUUCUCUGAGACAUGUCGAACUGUAACUUGCAGCCCCCAACAGUUCAGCUGCGGCGAGUGGACGAAUCGAUGCAUCCCCCUGUCAUGGAAGUGCGAUCGUCAGGAGGACUGUGAGAACGGAUCAGACGAGAAGGACUGCCCUCCCGAGCCCUGUGCCUCCGAUAACCAGUAUCAGUGCAAGAGUGGAAUGUGUAUCUCCCUGGAAUUUGUAUGCGACGAGGACCGCGACUGCGAUGACGGCAGUGACGAAGAAUCUUGUCCAGCCCCAACCUGCAAUCCAAACUUCUUCAAUUGCAAGAACUCCACCGUCUGUAUCCCUAAGCUGUGGACCUGUGAUGGAGAUCCAGACUGUGAAGACGGCUCCGAUGAGGAAAACUGUGAAGGGAAAGAGCCAAUCAAGACAGACAAACCCUGCUCUAAACUGCAGUUCCACUGCGGCAGCGGAGAAUGCAUACACAUGAGCUGGAAGUGCGAUGGAGGCUUUGACUGCAAAGACAAGUCAGAUGAAAAAAACUGUGAAAAACCAACCUGCAGCCCAGAUCAAUUCCAAUGCAAUGACGGCAAGUGCAUUCAUGGCAGUCUGCAGUGCAACCGAGAACAUGACUGUGACGAUUUUAGUGAUGAGAUGGGAUGUGUAAAUGUGACAAAAUGUGGGGGUCCAAACAAGUUCAAGUGUCAUAGCGGAGAGUGUCUCAACAUGGACCAAGUGUGCAAUGGUGUACGAGACUGCAGAGACUGGAGCGAUGAGCCCCUAAAGGAAUGUGGUGAAAACGAGUGUUUGAAGAACAAUGGUGGAUGUUCACACAUCUGCAAAGACCUAAAGAUCGGUUAUGAGUGUUUAUGUACAGAGGGCUAUCGACUCGUGGAUGGAAGGAAAUGUGAAGAUAUCAAUGAAUGUGAAAAUCCUGACAUUUGCAGUCAGAUUUGCAUUAACCUCGAAGGAAGUUACAAAUGUGAAUGCAAUGAAGGCUAUCAAAUAGAUCCAGCAACUGGCUCCUGCAAGGGCAUCGGAACGGUGGCAUACUUGUUCUUCACCAACCGCCAUGAAGUAAGGAAGAUGACGCUGGACAGGCGAGAGUACACUAGUUUCAUCCCUCGUCUGAAGAAUGUGGUGGCUUUAGAUAUGGAGAUAGCCAACAAAAGAAUCUACUGGUCUGAUCUAUCGCAGAAGAAAAUUUACAGUGCCUUCAUGGACAAGGCUCAUAACUUUUCUCACCAUGAGACUGUGAUUGGAAACGAGAUCCAAGCCCCAGACGGUAUUGCUGUCGAUUGGAUCCAUGCCAACAUCUACUGGACAGACUCUGUCUAUGGCACUAUCUCUGUGGCCAACACACUUGGAACCAAACGUAAAACUCUCCACACAGAAGGCCUGGCUAAGCCACGUGACAUUGUGGUGGAUCCUACCAAAGGCUUCAUGUACUGGACUGACUGGGGUUUUCCUGCCAAGAUUGAGAAGGGAGGCCUGAACGGCGCUGCCAGACAAACUCUUGUUAGUGACGACAUUGAGUGGCCCAAUGGCAUUACUCUGGACAUGAUCAAUCAGCGGCUGUAUUGGGUGGAUUCCAAGCUGCAUACUCUAUCUAGCAUCGAUGUUGCUGGAGGAAACAGAAGGAUGGUCAUAUCCGAUGAAAAACACUUAUCUCACCCGUUUGGUCUCACCAUCUUUGAGGAUCUUGUGUUCUGGACUGAUAUUGACAAUGAAGCUAUAUUCAGUGCAAACAGACUGACGGGAAACCAAAUAGUAAAGGUUGCUGCAGACCUUCAAUCCCCAGAAGACAUUGUCCUGUAUCACAACCGAGGACAGCCUGAAGGUGAUAACUGGUGUGCUUCUCACCACCUUGACAAUGGCGGCUGUGAAUAUUUGUGCCUGCCUGCUCCACAGAUCGGCACACACCCACCUAAGUACACAUGUGCUUGCCCUGAUGGAGAAUACCUCGGGCCAGAUAUGAGGAGCUGUGUGAAAGAACUUGUUACUCGAGAUGCCACUAACGUCACCUCCACUCCAGUCACGACAACGCCUUCCCCGGUCACCACUCCCAGAAGUACUAUUCUUGCCAAGAUGACAUCUACACCAAGGAGGCCCACUACUGUCAAGCCCAAGCAGCCAACCACAAGGCCUACAACCACUGUUUCAUUUACCACAAGCCGACCAGUCGUUAAAACCGAAAGGCCUCAGACUGAGAAAGCAAAUCCUGAACUCACUACCCCAGAACAUACAACAGUGUCACAUCCAGUGGAGAACAACAUUGACGUAAAAAUGGAAACGUCAGAAUUCCGUACCCAUUCCAAUGCUAUUUAUGCCGUCAUUCCUGUUGUCAUUCUCUGCCUGCUCGCCUUUGGAGGCUUCCUGGUAUGGAGAAAUUGGAGGCUUAAGAACACCAACACUAUCCACUUUGACAAUCCUGUGUACCAGAAAACCACAGAAGACGAUGAGAUCCACAUAUGCAGAAGUCAGGAUGGAUACACCUACCCAUCGAGACAGAUGGUGAGUUUGGAAGACGAUGCUGCUUGAACAACCCUCGACCACCGUGCCUAACACCACAACUCUGCUGCUCAACUAUAUCAGGGGCAAUGACUGCUAAGUAACCAAAAGAUACCCGUUCAAACCACUGCGCCAGCCGGCACAGCCCAGAGAUUAUCCAGAACUAUUAUUAUUUUAUUUUUUUUAUGAACCAAACCAUCCACUAUGUAUGUGAACUUUAGUUACAAAUUUUGUUUUGGGUUAUUUAUGAAGACACUUUCUCAAAGUCGUGCCAACUUUGUCCCACCUCGGUGCCUCUUUCUGACAUGUGAAGGGUUCUUCGAGCCACGAAGGAGAAAACUGAUGAGGUGUCUGAGGGGACGGGAAGAGACUGGAAGUUACAUUACAUAAAAAAAAUUAUAAUAAUAAAAGCACUGGAGGACUAUGAAGGACUGAAUGUGACGUACCUGCUGGGGUUUAUCUUUGUUAUGUUUUAAAAAGCACAAAACCGUUCUUAAAAAAAAACACUAAAACGUGGAGAAAUAAAUUGAAACUGGAGGGAAAAGAAGGAAUAGCGCACAAAGCUUUGUAGAGAAUAGCGUGCAUUGGGAUCUCCUCAGGGCGUCGAAGUGUUUACUGCCUUGAGGUUCAACAUCUCGGGGUCGGAGUAAAGCCAUUUUUGUGACCCAUGCUCAGCAUUCCCACUACAAGGCAGCAAGCCGCAACAGGCCGCCAAUCACCCAAAAGUGCCUCGUCCACCACCACCUUUUGCUUCUGAUCCCCUGUUUCCCUAAACAAAAAAAAUCCACGUACCUCCCCUUGCACUUUCUUUGUUCUUCGUCUCAAGUGUUCUGUAUUUAGUUUUUUUUUAUUAUUUUGCAUUGUGGCUUUUUUUUUGCACAGCUUUGGAUUGUCCGGCGUCAUUGCUUGAGCCAACUGCCUGUAUCCCACAGGGCAUGACGGCAGACGGAGAAAAAAAAGUUUUGAACUAUGGAAUCUGGAAAAGUUUGGCUCUUUCUUAAGCUUUAGUAAUAAUUUUUCGGUUACGUGAAAAUAGAAACUGUUGAAAGUGGUGCUACCUAAGAGAACUGUGAAACAAGACGUUCAGCCUGAUCUUUGGCGACCAAUCUGCCUUAAUUUGCAACUGGCACAUAAAACAAAAAA